UUUUUGUAACGAAAUGUCCAAAUAUUUAAAAAUAUUUAAGUUGGGACGCACCGCGAUGACCAACUGUCGCUUAGCCAACAUCCAGCGUUCAAUCUCACUUAGUGCGUUUCAAUUGCAAAACCUGAAGGAUGGUCCUUUAAAGAAUCCCAUGCCUGAAGCAGAAAAGCCUGCGUCGCAGUCUCCUGAAGGUCUAACUCCAUUACAGCGCAAUUUACUCGAACUUGUUACUGCCGAAAUUGUAGAAGAACGACGCGUGCAGUUGCAACUGCAGCCACCAUAUAUGGUAGACGGUUUUACUGGUCACUUCUCUGGCUCCAAGGUGGAAUUAGUGAGAGAGUCGCCCGGAGAGCGCAUUAACAUAUUCUUUAAUGUCAGCAAAAGUGUACCACGUCGCAGCGAUGAAGCAAGCGAUCUUUCCCCGCCAUCUGCUUUUGAGGAUAUGGAGUCCGAUUCGAUGGCUCAGCCGUUUCAGGAGAAUGAUGUAUUUGAGAUACAGGACCUCUCUCUAUACAAUCAGGGCUGGAAUGAUAGCUGUUUUACCGUUGACGCAUCGUUAAUUGAUGACGAUCUACAAGACAUGAUCUUGGAGACUCUGGAGGAAAAGGGCAUUACACAAGAGUUUGGAAGAAAGCUUUCGGAUUUUGCUACUGCACGUGAACAUGCCUUGUACAUAGAAUUCUUGGAGAAUUUAUCUAAGUUUACCGUCGGCAUACCUCAGCCUAUCAAGGAGGUUAACAACUAAACUUAAAUCUAAAAACAAAUAUUAUAUGAAAUAGUCCUUAAGCAAAUAAACCAGGGACCGUAAAUAAUAAA